UCUCUCUCUCUCUCACUAGGGUUUUAGCGUCAACCUGUUCGCGGGAGGAAGGGAAAGAAGGCCCAUCUCGCGCUCCCAAACUACAAAUACUUGCCCAUUCUUCUUCAUCUUCUUCUUCUUCUUCCUCAUCAUGAUAUUCCGCUCCAGUUCCAUCCUCCUGCAAAACCCUAGUCUCCCCUUCAUCGGAAAUGGUUGGUUUUGUUACCGGAGCUGCCGUUGAUGAAGAGCAAGACGGCUCCAAUCAGACUUCCGACCCGAAAGGAAUCGGCAAUCCGCUCGCCCUCCUCGAUCAGAAGAUUAGCGACUUGUCUUUCGCCGACUCGUUCCUGGAUUUCGAGUCCAUUCAGAGCUGGUUCGAGGACAUUCCGAUGGAGCCGGCGGCCGCGCUGCCUGGGAACUUGGAUGGUGUGAAAGUUGAGGAAGGGCCCUGCGGUCGUGAAGGUGCGGAGGAGGUGUUGAAACCUGGGUCUGAGCUAAAGUCCGGCGCUUGCGAGGCGGUGACUGGAGUUUUCAGUUCUGCGGUGAAGGUUGAGGAGGAGGAUUGGGAAAAGUUGGGGCCUUUAGGCGGUUCUAUUGAGGAAAACUUGGGGAGGGUCAGUUUGGCCUGUGGUUCUGGGGUUCCGGUGGUUGCUGAUGGUAUCUCUGUAAAGACUGAAGUGGGAAGUGAUGAUGGCGGGUAUGAUAGUAUUUUAGUGCCUGCUAGUGGUUUCGAGAGUGAUGACACGGUAAAUGCAGUGAAGGGGGAACAGAUGUUUGGCGAUGAUCAUGAAGGCUCUAGUUCAACUUCGUUGUUGUCCUCCACUAGUAGUGACGGCGAUGCUGACACCGAUGACGGCGAUGAUGGCAGGGAGGAAGAGAGGGAGAGGGUGGACAUAAAAGGAAAUGUGGAUGAAACGGGUGAAAUGGAAGAAGGUGAAAUACGGGAAGUUGAUGGAGGAGAUGAAUCGGGUGAGGAGACGAACAAUAAAGACAGUGAUGAAGAAGGUCAGGUCAUAGAGGAUAUGUUUAGUUGGAGUGAUGCUGAAGAUGAAGAUGAUGGUGUUGCCGGCACUGGUGCUAAAGGCGAACCCAUCAGGUCAAAAAAUGAGGUCAAGUUUCUCCCUCCAGUUCCUCCUGUAAAUGCAACACUGCAGCCGCAUCAUCAGAUGUCACCAGUUGGAGUUGUUCUAUCGAUUUUAGGAGCCCAAGUUGUUGUUGAAGGGGUGGAGAAGCACAGUCCCCUUAAUGAGGGUUCUAUUCUUUGGAUCACUGAGACCAGAACCCCAUUGGGGCUGGUGGAUGAAAUUUUUGGACCCGUCAAAAACCCUUACUAUAUUGUAAGAUACAAUUCGGAAGCUGAAGUCCCUGCCAGCAUCCACCAAGGCACUUCGAUCUCUUCUAUUCCAGAAUUUGCCAGUUUGGUGCUUAAUGAGAAAAAUCUGUACAAGAAAGGAUAUGAUGCCUCAGGUGAGAAUGACGAAGAGCUGUCAGAGGAGGCAGAGUUUUCAGAUGAUGAGAAAGAGGCCGAGUACAGGAGAAUGCAGAGAAUGGCAAAGAGGGGCACCAACAUGGAUGACCAAAGAGCUGAAAACAGGAAAAACAACAAAAAGAAGGUUAGAAGUAGGGAAUCGAACUGGAAAAAUGGCAAACCUUCGCCACAGCAACUGCCAGCGAGAGUGGGUCAGCACGUAUUAAAUCAAACUCAGCAUCAAAUCUCACCUACAGCUGCACCCCUGGAUUAUGGCAAUUUCACAACAUCCUCUGCCAUUCAACCGGGUAAUAUGGGUGGAAUUGGCACAAAUUCACCAUUUCCGCUCAUGCAGCCGAACAGUGGCUCUAUUCUACCGCUACAUGACUCUUGGGUGAACAGCUUGCCUUUGCAACAACCAAUGGGUGCCAUUUCUUCUAAUGGAAUUCCGAUUGGAAUGCCAUGGCCUCCACGUGGGAGUCAAUUUCCAUUUCAAAUGCCUCUUCCGAACCAAAUGCCAUUUCAGCAGCAGUUUGACCUGAGCCAGACAUUGCUUCCCAACAUGGUCCUACCGAUGGGGCAGUCGAAUACAUUAGGGCCUGGUUUGGUACCUUGGCCCAAUCCCAUGGGUCAAAACAACUGCAACCAAAUGACAGUUGGGGUUGGUGCAUUUGGCCAAAGUAGUCAUCCAAUUUUCAAUGCCAGAGGACAAGGAUUUCAGUUCAAUGGAACCCUAGUUGAUCAGAGCAGUUACACACAGCCACGUGCUGCAGCUCCCUGUCCAACUGAUGCUCUGGGACCAUUCAAGCAGCGUGGUCCGUCCUUCGGCCGUGGGAAGAAACCGUAUCGUGGAAGAGGCAGUCGAUUUUCAGGUGGUAGAAGCCAGCAGCGUCCUCACUGACAGUUGUGGCGGCUGUUCAUAGUGUCUAUGCGGUGGUUUAAUUGCAGGCUGCAGCAAUCAUGCCUCGAGCCUUCUAGCAAGAAAGAAAGUAUAAUGUGAUGGUGCAGGGAAAGUGGUAAUUAUAAUUUAUUGGUUCAUUAUGAGAAAUUCCACUCCCUUAUGCAAGUCGACUGUCGUGAAUUUUUGUUUUGUGGGCAUCACAUGUUCUCUUUGUAUUUAGAGUUGCUAUAUGCAAUUUUCCUGUUGGCUCUCCGCUGUAUUGAUGCAAGACAUAGUUUUAAUGCAUAUGCUUCAAAGAUGAGAGAUCUUCAUGAUUAUUUGCUG